AUGGCACUCAGGCAAACGCGCUCUGUGUCAGAUUAUAUCGAGCGCUUUGAAUUAAUUUCGGCGACCUUAGAUCAUUGCGACGACGAAGUCUUGAUCGCUGCGUUCUUCAAUGGUCUCCGAGUUGAAAUCAAGGUGGACCUGCGAUUACUGAAGCUGAACUCCCUGGCUGAGCUCAUGGACAUGGCGUUGCGACUCGAAGAGAGGAAUUGGGUUAUGACCCAACACUACCAGGUUCGGGGGCUUGGGCCUCAGCGCAACUGGGCUGACGAGAGGAACAGUGGAGGACACGUGAUUUCAAGUAGGACUUCCACAGCAACCGACCCGGUUAAGUCUGCCUCAUAUUCGGCGAGCUCGUCUUCCGUACCCAAGGCAUCAGACCCUUCCAAAUCAGUCACGAUUCCAGUGACGCACACGAGCAAAAUGGUUCCGAAGAAACUCACUGAUGCAGAGAUUGAACGACGAUGUGAGUUGGGCCUUUGUUUCAAAUGUGAUGAGAAAUUCCGUCCUGGUCAUCGCUGCAAGAAGAAACAGCUACAGGUCUUAAUACUGGCUGAGGACCCCGAGUCGGAGGAUGCCCCAUCUGUGUCACCGGAGAGCGCAAUCGAGGUCCCAGAGACCACAACAGAAGAGGUGGCCGCUCCGGAGGGUCAACUGAUGUCUCUGUCCUUAAAUGCCUUAGCUGGCUUGACGGGAGGGAAAACGAUCAAACUUAUGGGGACGGUCCAAGGAAGGGAGGUGCUUAUUUUGAUCGACUGUGGAGCUACCCACAGCUUCAUUCACCAGGACCUUGUGUAUUCCUUGUCUCUGCCGCUCGACGAUCGAGUAGCUUUCACUGUGCAGGUCGGUGACUCACGUAAUGUACAAGGGCGUGGCGUCUGUCGAGAUGUCUCGAUCAUGGUCCAGGGUCUCCAUAUUAUCCAUCCACUGUAUCCGUUUAAAUUGGGUGGGUCCGACAUUAUUUUGGGGGCAGAUUGGCUGGCGUCGUUGGAUGAGGUACUGGUGAGCUGGAAACGUUCCACUCUGAAGAUUGAUAUGGGAGAUGAGUGGAUUUGUCUUAAGGGUAAUCCUGCGUUACAGCGAACCCCCAUGACCUUCAACUCUCUCUAUCGAUCCACCCGUGGCGAUGAGGAAGUCUUCUUUGUAGAAUUUUCUGAGUUGAAAAUGACUGAGAUCACGGGGGGCUCGAUUGAUGAAGAGGUCCAAAGUCUACUACGGGAGUUCCCUGCAGUUCAAACUCCACUAGUGGGGUUACCGCCUCCACGUGCGGCAGACCACUCCAUUGAGUUACAACCAGGAGCUUCUCCACCCAACGUGCGGCCUUACCGAUAUCCUUAUGGCCAGAAGACUGAAAUUGAACGACUGGUGCAGGACAUGUUGGCGGCGGGAAUCAUACGUCCGAGCAAGAGCCCCUUCUCAAGUCCAGUUCUGUUGGUGAAAAAGAAGGAUGGCAGCUGGCAUUUUUGCGUUGACUACCGAGCUUUGAAUAAGAUCACUAUUCAGGAUAAAUUUCCAAUUCCAACGAUCGAAGAAUUAUUGGAUGAAUUAGGUGGGGCUAGGAUAUUCUCUAAAUUGGAUCUGAAGUCAGGAUACCACCAGAUCCGUAUGAAGCAGGGAGAGGAACGUAAGACAGCCUUCAGGACGCAUGACGGCCAUUACGAAUUUCUGGUUAUGCCCUUCGGAUUGAAAAAUGCUCCUUCUACAUUUCAAUCUUUAAUGAAUGAUAUUUUUAGGCAGCAUUUAUGGAAGUUCAUCCUUGUUUUCUUUGACGACAUUCUGAUUUACAGUGGUGACAGGUUAGCUCACUUGCAGCACCUUAAGCUUACCCUCUAG